GUCUGAAUUAGAACAGCGCCUCAGAAAAGUCAAAAUGGGGUCAUCUACAGCGCUCACCACAAAGGUGGAAAAUGGGACUCCUUAUCAACUUGAGAAGAGCCAGGUCUCGAGAGCUUCAACUGCGCUUCUGAAACACAUCAAAUCGAAACAGAGCGAGCGGGAAGCGACUGCGGCCAAGAAGACUUUGAUUGGCGACAAUGACUCCGAUGCCGAAGAUACGCCUAUCCAUAACGAAGCCGUCUGGCUCGUGCUCACAACGAAGAAGCACGUUGUCGACAAGAACAGAUUGAAGCCUGGCAAAAUCAGUAUUCCACAUUCGCUGAAUGCGUCGCCGGCGCUCAGCAUUUGCUUAAUCACCGCGGACCCUCAACGCUCUGUGAAGAACAUUGUUUCCGACCCAUCGUUUCCCGAGCAUCUCUCGUCGCGCAUUGAGAAGGUGAUUGGUUAUUCGAAGUUGAAGGACCGAUACAAGAGCUUUGAGAGCCGGAGGCAACUACUCUCCGAGCAUGAUGUCUUUCUGGCUGAUGAUCGGAUUGUCAUGCGUCUGGUCAAUACGCUGGGCAAAGUGUUCUACAAAUCUAGCAAGCGGCCAAUCCCCGUGAAGCUUGCGCAGAUUGAAAAGGUGGAUGGGAAGAGGGUGAAGAAAGAUCCGAAGCAGCAGCAGAAUCAGAAGGACGAUGAGAAUAAGGUCAGUUUGUUCGCGAGCACGGCAAUUGUCGCGAAGGAGAUCGAGAAGGCCCUAAACUCUGCGCCCGUACAUCUUGCUCCGGCUACGACCGCGGCUAUCCGGGUUGGGUCGUCGAACUUCACACCUGAGCAGCUGUCUGAGAACAUUGAGGCUGUGGUGAAGGGGUUGACGGACAAGUUUGUUACAAAGGGGUGGCGGAAUAUCAAGGCGCUUCACAUCAAGGGUGCCAACACUAUGGCUCUGCCGAUCUGGUUGGCGAGCGAGCUGUGGGUGGAGGAGACCGAUGUCGUGGAGACCAUUGAAGAUGGAGAGGCCGACGGCAAGAACAAGAAGCGGAAGCAGAUCGAGGGUGAGGGCGAGCAGAAACUCCUAGAAGGGAGCAACAAGAAGUCUCGGAAGCAGAAGACAGCCGACGAUGACGAGGAGGCCUCAUCGCUGGCGGCGCGCAAGGAGAAGCUCGAGAAGCAGAAAGCUCAAGCGUUGAAAGACGGAGAGGCGGCGGCUCUGAAAGUAUCGACUGGCCCCGCGAAAAAGAAGAAAAAGUCCCUUUCAUAGGUUCUACAAUUACGGAGUUCACUUGAGGUUUCGCUUGUAUUGUUCUUACUAUAAUCCUAUGGUGACUGGUUUCGGAAAAUGCA